UUGGACACUUGUUUUCGUGGGUCAGGAAAAGAUUGAGACGACGUAAAUAGGAGGAGUUUUCUGCCAGCACUAGAUCAUUACUACAUGUAGAUGUCAAAAAGUUUGCACAAUUUACUACCGAACUUCCUGAUGUGACAGAUGAUGUCUCUAAUUUUAGAUAAUACUUGAUGAUCGGACACUUCCUGUUGACGACUGGAGAUCUUCCUCACAGGCGAAACAGGAAUCUUGGCCCUGAUAGGCAAAAUCACUUGUUUCCUAAUAUCUGCAGACGAUAACGGCCAUUUCCUCUCCAGUGGGCUCAUUGCCAGUUCGAUACAAGUACAGGCCGUCAUAGCGUGUUACUGUGUAAUACAGCCAACUGGUUGUGUGUGGUGUGAUGUGCUUGCUUGUAGACAUUGGAGAGCAAGUGCACAGGAAUGCUACGGGCUACGGGGCUUCCCACAGGUCUGUGAGAUUAAGUUAUUUAUCCUGUCACUUGAGCUAGGAUUUGAUUGAAGGACAAGCCCUUUGCGGAUAAUGAUGAACAAGAAUUUAUAAUGCGAUGAGGGAAAGGCUGUAGACCUCUAGCUAGACACAUCGUUUGCCUAGAAAUUUCAGUGUGUUUUACAUGGGGGAUUUGUGCUAAGCUGCAACGAGAGAUCCCAAGAUGAAAUUCAAUGAGAAGAAUGUGUCCUACUUUGCAUCAUGCAAUUCGCCAUUGGAUAAGACUGGAUACUUACUUAAGAAAGCUGAGAAUCACCGAAACUUUCAAAAGCGCUGGUUCGUGUUGAAGGGCAACCUACUGUUCUACUAUGACAAGGAAGGGGACAAGGAACCCCAGGGGGUCAUCAUCCUGGAAGGAUGUCGAGUGGAACUUGCAGAUCUGGAGGACUGCCUUUACUGCUUUCAGAUUUCCUUCUCGGUGAAGGACUCGCGGUCGUACGCGAUGGCAGCCACCAACCAGGAGGAGAUGGAGUCCUGGAUGAAAGCGUUGUCAUGCUCCAGCUAUGACUACAUCAAAGCCAUGGUGGAUGAGCUUCAGAAGCAACUGGAUGAUCUGUCACACGGAAACAGUGAGAACUCUCCAGCGAUGGUCGUUAGGACAUCGGUCAUUCAGAGCUGUGAGGUCCAAGAUGCUGACGGUGCGACAGGCGGAUCUGAACCCACUCCUAUUCCUACAAUACCUGAACAUGUCAUGGAACUACCUCCCAAACAGAACAUGGGCACAUACGAGCGGGGUAAGACGGAAUCACUCGCGCACAGAGGGGCUCCCCGGCAGAGUGCCUACCAGAGAAAUUCACUGCCAUUUAACAACUACAGUAACCCCUCUUAUGACAUUUGGGACCCUCUUGUCUCCUCAAGCAAGAAUCCAGCAGAGCAACCUAACGGAGCUGCCAAGCCCAUACCCCAGUUUGUAAUUGAGCAAGAUAGCAGCGAGAGUGAGGAAGAGGAAGGAAAGCCAUCAGAUUCUGCCAACAACUCUAACAAGAAUGCUCAAACAGAUUACAAGGCUGACCAGUCUGAUGGUCAGCAUGUGUCCAGGUUAGCCACAACAGGUCGCAAGGUCAUGUCUGUAUUCUAUGAAAAUCUCAACAUGCCGCUCAUGUCUGGGUCCAGCGAUACCAGUCCUAGGCUGACAAGGAAGAAUGUGUUUGGCAAAGGAGGCCACGCUGCACAGGGUGCCAAGUCAGCUCAGGCUAGACAGUCUGUCUUCCAUGUUCAAAAUGAAAAUGUCAGAACUUUCUCGGACAUGCACGAGGAGUUUGGAAUGCUCAUUGUCAGAAAGAUGAAUAUGUUCCGUCAUAGGAAAACUUCGGAAUCAUCUUGAACUUAAAUGACUUUAACAACAUAUAUAAUAAAUGGACCUGGAAAUUUAAAAUUUCCAGUUUUCUAUCAUUACUUACUGUAUUCUUACGUAUGGACAAAGUCCAGCAAAUAGGUAUUUUUUGCAGAUUGUGUGAUACAUGCUCCAGUGCCAAUAGCCCUUGGGUCAACUUUCUAUCAAGUAAAACUCAAAAAUUCAAUUUUGGACCCCACACUUCCCCUACCAGUAUACCUACAACCCUAACAAUAACCUGAAAUCUCAUCUCAAUUCUCAACCCUAAUUCUCUAUCUUUGACAUUGACAAAAUAAAGUUCAGAGUAACUGACACUGGAGCAUGUGUCACAUCACGUUUCUUGACAAAAACUUGCUAGCUUAUUCAGUAAAAAGGUAUGUUAUUAGGAAACAGUUAGACAUGAUAACAUUAGUCUAAAUGAAAGUACAGGUCAAUAGAACGAGGAAAAAAAAAAUGUCUGACAUGCUUCAUUAUAAUUAUAGACAUGUGUUUUAUUGCAAGAGGUUGUAUAACAAGAAAGCUGCCCAUUUACACAUGUACAGUGUAGUUGUAAUGAAAAGCCUAUGACUAAUUUUUCUUUUCUUCAGGAUUUGAGGCACUGGCUAAUUACAACAACAAAAUUUUAUGUUAUGUACUUUGGCAACCAUGUACUUUUGCACUCAUUUCUGGCAAGUGUUCUGGCAGGUCUAAAAAAAACAGAUGUCUGUUGCCUGCAGACUUCCAAGAUUUAACUCGUAGAUCCCUAUACUAUUUCAAUAGAGGCAGCUCGACAGGAGUUUUUAUAAACUACGGUACAUGAACAUCUCCAAAGACUUGCUUAGGACCCAAAGAAAUUCUAAGUGUUAAGCCCUAAUUGAACUUUCUUUAAGUGGGGCUAUAUGUAAGUUCUCUGUGUAACAUUUUACAUAUAUGAACUUAAAGAUUAUCUUGAGGUGUGGCAAUGGUGAAACUGAAAAUAGAUUCUUACAAUCAAACAAUUUUCUAUGCUGAACAUUCAAGACUACAAACAAGUGAUAACUGCCGUACAUACAUGUAUUUGGAAGAUAUAUUAAUUACAGUGAUGAAUAACUAAAUAGAAGAGAACCACGAUACAUACAUGUACAUGUAGUUGUCCCGAUGCAUGUGAAUUUGUAAGGGUAAAUGUGAGUUGUGCCUUUCAUUGGAUAGGUGAUUUCCGGCAAGUUUUGUUGUGAACGUAGCUGUAGCUGUUCAUAUUUUGCUGGGCUGAAGAACCCAUCUUCUGAAUGCAGAAUUAUUUUAUACCAGUUUCUCUCUAAAAUGCAAUUUUAAGAUAAAUUUUGAAUUCGUAAGUAAAAGAAAGAUAUGGUCAUAGGCAAGUGCGUGUGUGUCCAAUUAAAAAAAAAAGAAGAUUAUUGUAUCGCAUAGAUAAGUAUACUAAAUAGUGACUACAGCUUUGGAAUACAUGUUAUUAUAAGAAAACAUGACAGUGAUAUAAAUAUAUAAAAGGAGUACCGGUAAGAUAUAUAUUUAUCAGAGCUUUUAUAUUCAUUCAGAUCAUUUUCUCUUUAUGAAAAUUAGGUGCUAUUGGAAUUUAAUAUCAAACAUUGACUAACCACAUUAGCUGCUUGUAUAUUUCGCUUUGAAAAUAAUGUUUUUUGUGUACAAGUGAAACAACUUGUUAGGUACUUAGAUUCUUUUUUUCUAUUUUGGGCUUGAUAGUGAAAGUGGAUAUCUUAUCAAUAAAUAAAAAAAACAUUUACUAAGUACAUAAUAUUUUUCUUCCUGGUACAUGUAUAUUGUCGUGAUGAGAAUCCAACAUAGUUUUAUAAGGAACAAAUCAAUUCUGAAGUUUACAUAUAUCACAAGGCAAGUGGAUGGCAUGGGUUACACUUACAGACACAGGUUCGAACUUCUGACCUGUCUUCUAAUGGUGAAGGCAUGUUUUCUUUAAUGCAUGUGAUGUUUGAUGUAGCAUGAAGUUCAGCAAUAGACAGAAAUACACACUUGUCAGUUCUAUUGCAAAUGUUUGAAUAGCUUCUUUAUAUAUGUACUAACCAGUAUUUAACAAUUGGGGGCGGGGUGCGUUAGGGGGGGGGGGGGGGCCUAUGGCACAUUGUUCACCAAGUGGCAGGGACAUUGAGACACAUACAUGUCUUUAUGUUUCUUUGAUUUUUGUUGAUUUAAUGGUAUUGUUUAGAAUUGAUUUAAUGUCAAAAUAUUGUACCUACUUUUGAACCCUUCAACUUUUUAUCUUUAAAAUAAAUGGUGAAAUGUUACUACUUUUACUUUGUAUUCCUAUUCUAUGGCAGAAGAAUGUUGGUUUGGGGUCACUUCACUUGCUUUAACUCGAGAACCAAAAUGCUCCAGAACUCCUGGACCAGAUAUAAGAUGAUUGCUCAGUGUUGGCAACUAAAGAUAUAGUGUAACAUGUUUACUGCAACCAGUGUGAGGUCGCAGUGGUGCAAGGGGAAGUUCAGUUUAUAGUGCAGCAUAGAAGAUAAUUGUUUUUCAAUCUACAAUGUGUAUGUAAAUUUUCCAUGACGUACAGUUAACAACUAAAUUAUUCAUACCCUUACCAAGUUUGGUUAUGUUUUAAGUAUAUGGAUAAUAGAUUUGUCCCGAUUUAUGCAUCUUGAGAAUAUGACAUAUUAAAGCUUACAUCUAAACAUAUUUAACAAAGACCCUAAUUCAACCUUCAGUAUUCACCUUUUAUUCUUGAGUUACCAAAACACACAUUUAAAAAUAUCAAAUUUGCAAGGGGUAUGAAUAAUUUAGUUGUUAAAUGUAGUUUUAGGAUUGGCAACCAGACAGGGGACAUCCAAACAUUAAAAUUUGUCAUAUUUAGGUGGCUCAAUCAAAUAAGCAAAAUUGUUUACAGAAGUUCUUUUCAAGUGUUGUCUUUGCAAAACAGUAUGCAUGAGGCAUGAGGUGUUUUAUACUUACAUGAUUGUACAUGCAAGUAUGCAAUCAUCAUUGUUUUAAUCGAUAUUAAUCCCUAAUAAAAAUUUGUUAUUGGAACAUCAAAUGUGAGGUGCUGUGUUUUUCUCUAUAGGACAACACACUCCAGUUGCACAGGAAAAACUCACUUCCCUGUCUUACACUACGAGUACACUGAUGCCAGUCUAAAAAUAGUUUCCCAUCCUAGUUUUCAUGUUUGUCGUUUGGUGGUUUGGCGUACUUGUGUGUAACCAGAUUUGAGUAGGGGUUGGGAAAAUACAGGAAAUGUGGUAACAAGCACAAGAGCAUUUAAAAUUAAUAUCCUUAUAGGAAUGAUAUGCUUCAUUUGGAUAAACGGAAUGUCAAGUGUGCUGACAGAAUCUGUACUUGUGUGUAGCCAGAUUUGAGUAGGGGUUGGGAAGCUGAAGGAAAUGUGGUAACAAGCAUAAGAGCAUAAGUGCUUUCAUUUGGAUGACAGAAUGUCAAGUAUGCGACCGAAUCUGUAUAAAAUUACCCCGUUCAAAUAUUCACUGGUAAACUGAAGCCCUUCUUUUUUUCUUCAUGAAGACGGAAAGUGCAAUAUACUUCACAUUUCCUGUGUUUCGUGUAUAACACUGAGCUUAGCUUAGCUUGUCAUUCAUUUACCUGUAGAAAAUCAUAUCAUAAAGAGCAUUUAGUAGAGCAGGGGGGGGGGGGGGGGGGGGAGGAUGGGGACUCCCCCACCACUUCCUAUGGCUUUGUCUCUGUUUAUAUGUCCCUAAUACUGGAUAAUGGCCGAUUAUAUGAUAGUGUUAGAAAUGAUAUGGUGUGCACUUUGAUAUACAUGUAAAUUUGCCUGCCAUGUGUUCAUGAAACUAUGUUCGACUUUGACAAGGUUGUAAAAAUAGAAGAAUGGUUUUGUUCUGGGCAUGUGUCAUGUGAGUCGUAACAGCUACAGCGUAAAGGGCUUUUGGUUUUUAAAUAUGUCUGACUUAUUGUUCUAUCAAAGACAGUGUAUACUUUUCUCUAUUGUUAAUUCAUUGUAGGAGUAUUGUGCCAAACAAGGUAUUGUGCAAUCUUUCAUGAUGCACACACAAGGUAAAUAUAAAGAAAAUCAACCAAACUUUCAAAAGUGAACUUAAUUAUUAAGAAGCAGUAUUAAGACACAAGCUCUGGAAUGUUCAUGCCUUCUCCUUUUCUAAGAAAAGUAUAAUACUGUACAUUUAGUCCCAUGACUUUAACAAUGUGUAAAAGGCAACGUUUGAAGAAGAAAAAAGAAAAAUAAUGAUGUAUUAUUGUAUACAUUUUACAAGCUCAGUAUACUUGAAUAUGAAUGUGAAUGUGAAUAUCUAUAUUAUACCAACAUCAAUUUAUAUGGAGCAUGUUUACAAAAAUUAAAAGGAAUAGAUUUAACAGCAA